CCGCUGCAGACAUGAUGGUCCAACAGCUGCAGCAGUGACAAGUGAGAUUCCAAACAUGCAGAAGAUGCAGGACAAAAGAAGCAGAAGCAGCUCCCGCCUGUAGCCUUGAUGCAGAGUGAUGAAGCUCUGCAGGAGGACUGGGUUUGUUAAAUCCACCAGCUGGAGAAGCAGUGAGCUCAUUCUGGAGGAGGGCGGGGCUCCAGCAUCAUCACCACCGGCCAUCAGCGCUUCAUUGUCGGCUGCUGCUCAUCCACACACCGCCGCCGUGGAAGGCCGCUGCAGAUAAUCACAUCAGUGAAACAUGAAGAUGGCAUGGAUGCUGUUUCGUAUGAAUUAGGAUUUGACAUCUGAUGAGGAUUCCCUCUGAGCCCUGAAGUCUAACAGGAGAAUGAAGAGGAGGAGGAACUGGAAAUAUCAGGAACAACUUGGAAGGUUUCUCUAGAGUCUCAAUGAAAGCUGCAAGAGUGGUUCUCUAGGCUGUUACUGAUGGCUAAGAAAGGUCGUACGAAGGGCGAGAAGCCUGAAGCCCUGAUUUCUGCCUUACAAGCAGCCAAUGAAGAUCUCAGGUCCAAACUAACUGACAUCCAGAUAGAGCUGCACCAAGAGAAAUGCAAGGUAAGCAAGCUGGAACGAGACAAGGUGCAAGAGGUGAAGCGGGUGCGAGAGCAGGAGCAGCAUCGGCACACUGCCAUGUUGACAGAGCAACGGGCCAAAUGGCACGAGGAGAAACAGAAAGAGCUGCAGGCUCUGAGGGAAAACCUGACACGGCAGCAUGAGCAGGAGCUGGCCCGGCAUGCCAAGAUCAAGGACCAGGAGAACCAACGGCUCAAAGCCGCCCUGAACGCCAUUCGAGAUGGCAGUGGAGAAAAAGUGCGCACAGCGCUGACCCUGGAAGCCAGAGAGGAGGCACGGCGUUUCUUCGACCAGGAGAGAGUGAAGCUCCUGCAGGAGAUAGUCGAGCUGAAGAACUCCAAGAAGCAGACCGACGAGGCUCUGAGCAACAUGAUCCAGGCAGACAAAAUGAAGGCCGGAGACCUGAGAGUCGAGCAUCAGCAGCAUCAGGAACAAAUCUCUAAAAUCAAGUGGGACUGUGAGAGAGACAUCCGCAGGCUGGUGGAUGAAAUCAAAUCUAAAGACCGCACCAUUUUCUCUCUGGAGAAGGAGCUGGAGUCCACUGCAGGCUGCCUGCAGAAGCUGCAGCUGCAGAAAGACGCCCUGGAUGAACAACUGUUCCUCGUCAAAGAGGCGGAGUGCGGCCUGGGAAGUCCAAAAAGGGAAAUCCCAGGAAGAGCUGGCGAUGGCGCAGAGCACUGUGGAAGCCCUGACCUGCGAAGAAAUCAGCGGCGAAUGGCUGAACUGAAUUCAACCAUUCGCAAGUUGGAGGAUCGCAACUUGUUGCUGGUGGAUGAAAGAAAUGAACUACUGAAGCGAGUUAGGGAGUCUGAAAAGCAGUGCAAGCCUCUACUGGACAAGAACAAGCUGCUGAAUAAGAGGAACGACGACUUGACUCAGAACAUUCAGAAACUGGAGGAGAAGCUGAAGAGCCUGACAAAGGAGAACCUUGAAAUGAAGGAGAGGAUAGGCUCCCAUCCUCCUCUGAAGAAGCUGAAGUCCCUUAAUGACUUGGACCAAGCACAUGAUGACCAGGAAAUAGCCUUCCUCAAACUUCAAGUGCUGGAGCAACAAAGCAUGAUUGAUGAACUAACAAGAGAUCGUGAAAAACUGCUGCGAAAGAAGAGGCAUAAAAGAAGUUCUCGACCAGUGAAGAGACACAUUGUAGUAGACACCUUCUUUGGCUAUGAUGAAGAAUCGAUGGACUCUGAAUCUUCCUCAGUGGCGUCGUUUCGGAUGGACAGAACCCCAGCUACUCCUGAUGAAGACAUGGCCGAUGGGCUCGCAAAUGAGGAAUCUGAGUUACGUUUUCGCCAGCUGACCAGGGAAUACCAGGCCCUUCAACGAGCCUACGCCCUGCUGCAGGAGCAGAAGGGAGGCAUCCUGGAUGCAGAGAUGGAGGCCAAGGCUCAGGAGCAACUGCAAUCAGACGUGAUGCGGUAUAAAGCCAAGAUAGAGGACCUGGAGAAGGAGCUAACCUUGAAGGGACAGGACUCCAAAUGGGUUGAGGAGAAGCAACUCUUCUUACGAAGAAAUCAGGAGUUGCUGGAAAAGGUGGAGAAGUUGGAGUCGGAAUGCAGUCGACUGCAGGAGGAGCUUCAGGACUCCAGAGAUCAAAACGAGCUCUUGGAGUUCAGGAUACUGGAACUGGAAGAGCGGGAAAGGAGGUCUCCACCUUUUAACCAUUUGAGAAUGCACCCGUUCUCCGAGGGAGUCAGCGCUCUGCAGAUCUACUGUAUGAAGGAAGGAGUCAAGGAUGUGUGCAUACCAGAUCUCAUUAAACUGCUAGACAUUCUUGGAGACAAUGGGAACUUGAGGAAUGAGGAGCAAGUGGCAAUAAUUCAGGCCAGUACUGUUUUGUCACUGGCAGAAAAGUGGAUCCAGCAGAUAGAAGGGACAGAAGCGGCACUGCAUCAAAAAAUGAUGGACCUGGAGAUUGAAAUGGAAAUGUUCUGCAAACAGAAAGGUUAUCUGGAAGAAGAGCUGGACUACAGGAAGCAGGCCCUGGAUCAGGCCUACAUGCAAAUCCAGGAGUUGGAAGCGACGCUUUACAACUCCCUGCAGCAGGACAAGGUGAUAAAGUACGGUGAGCCCCUGAACGAGCUUCAGAAAGACGAGCUGAGGAUGGCGGUGGAAAAGUUGAGGAGGCAGAUGCUGAGGAAGAGUCGAGAGUAUGACUGCCAGAUCCUCCAGGAGAGGAUGGAGCUGCUGCACCAGGCCCACCAGAGAAUUCGAGAUCUUGAAGACAAGACAGAAAUCCAGAGAAGGCAAAUUAAAGAUCUGGAAGAAAAGUUUCUCUUUCUCUUCCUGUUCUUUUCUCUUGCCUUUAUCCUUUGGCCUUGAAGUCUUUGGCGUGCUGUAGCUGAGGUUGUGUGUCGGCUCGGAGAUCUUCUUUGGGACUACAGUGUUGUUUAUGUGUUGGACAAGCUGAAAACAUUGUGCCGUCGUAACAUCAGUGAUUCCAGAUGUUGGUGGAUUAAGCCAGUGCACACGUCACACAUUUCUUUUAUGUUUCGUUUUUUUUCCAAAUGAAGUUGAGAUCUUCAGGGUUCUGUCCAGGACUGUUUAUGUUUUUAGCAAAGUUUGGACAUUAACCAUCUCCCCAAGUUUCUGAAAAGACAGUCAAAGGCUUGCAAUGAUAUCUACACACACAUACUGACAUACUGCACAGUUUCUACAUACAUGCAUGCAUAUGUAAAUGCGGACACACACACACACACACACACACACACACACACCCACACACACACACACACACCCACACACACACACACACC